AMAUAAAUAUCUUUAAUUUAAUUAAUGAUUAUUAUCUGUAAGAUUGAAUUUGUAGAAACGUUUGAGUUAAACUAACUGUAAAAAAAGACUUUUAUCUAACCUAUAAAACAAUGUGUGUUCUAAUUUCAAUUAGAUAAACGAAGAAAGUUAAUGAAAAGGGGAAAUGCUAAAGGAAUUAUCCAAAUGGGUGUCACAAAACCAUUAUGGCCCAGCAUAGGCAACAGCAAAACGAAUUUUUAUCACUAUGUGAUGUUUUGUUUAAUAUAAUUUCCCUUGUAUCAUAUUUUUGUGACAUCGUUUUUGAUUUUGCAAUGGUUUAUACACUCGCUCAUCAUUCGGUAGGACCACCUACCGUUUUCCCUUUAAGUAUUACUUUUAUAACAACUUCUUUGCUUGCGUGCCAGAUAGUUAGCAUACGUUGGUAUUUAUGGGGUGUAAGAGGUAAAUUAAUAGAUAACGAUACAACCAGAGAUAGUAACGUAAGUCCCUGCAAAAAAACUAGUAAUUGGACUUUCGGUUGUGUAUUAUUUCUUCAUACAACACAAGCCGGAGUACUUUGGAGAUAUUGUAAAUUGUUUAUUCCAGUUGAUUUAGCUUACGUUAAACACGAGGUGCGAGAGUUGUGUGUAUUGCGUCUUGUACAUGCAUUCUGCGAAGCUGCACCCAUGUUACUAUUACAACUAUAUUUAUUAUCUAUUGGAAUUAAUGACAACUUAGGUAUAGAAAAUGAAAAACUAAAAAGUGGUGAAGUGAAUGACAGUGAACAGUUAACUAAAUUAACAGCAGUGUCAGCUGGACUAUCUUUAUGGAAUGUUUGUUGGGCGGUAGCUAGUUUUAGUAAAAGUGCAGCACGUCUGCGCAAUAUAGAACGUUUGGUACUUACAUGGUUGGGUGUAUUAGCUCAAUUAUUUUGGCGCCUUGGAACAGUAAGUGCUAGAGUUGGAGCAUUAGUUGUAUAUGCAUCGCUUUAUGGUGGACAAUGGCUAUUAAUUGUAAUGGCACUUCAUUGGCUUACUAUGUUAAUGUGGUUAUUGCUCACACCUGAUGGACUCUUCCAUGUAGGUGAGCGUCUCCCAAUGACGAGAAAAAGUAUUCUAGCCUCUAUGUUGGCAUUUAUUUAUAUAUUUGCAUAUGUUAAUCUACAUGAGACCAAUCAUCGCCAAAAAAUGGUAAUAUUUUAUACAGUAAUGUUAUUGGAAAACAGUUUACUUACUGGAGUAUGGGCUGUAGGCAUAAAUAGAAGUGAUCUUCAUCUCCAUCAACCAAAUCCAGUAAAUUUAAUACUUACGCUUGUAGCAUUAUUUUUUAGUGGUAUGUUCUUCAUGGCAAUGUAUUAUAGAUUUUUUCAUAUAAGAAAAUUAACAUAUGAAGUUGGUGGUAGAAUGACUACUUCAAAUCUUGCAAUUAUGUCUAACCAGGAAAAUCAAGAAGAAAGGAAUACAGAACAUGUAAAGGAAAAAAAAAUGAAUAAAAAUGUAGCAACGAGAAGAGUAAAGUUGAAUAACAGUGGUAUACCUGGUGUAUUUAAUUGUCGCUUUUCUAACGCAGCAGUAGUAAAUCCAAAUCGUAAAAAGAAAAAGCCUACUACAUUUGUACCUCCACCACCUCCACAGGAUCAAUCUACAUCUACUGUAAGUCCUACUACAGCAGGUGAAGAUAAUAAACAGUGGCUUAAUGGAAACAAUGGACAUCAACAAAUAAUACCAUUUUGGAAAAAAGCUGCGUCUUUUUCCAACGUCUUGCAGAGCGAAAAUUCAAAUAUACAGAAAAAUACAAUCGAAACAGAGACGGGUAGUUCGUUAAGUGUAAAUUUGAUACGAGAAAAAUUAAGGCAAAAGAAACAGCAACAACUUCGUGAACUUAAAGCUAUACAAGAAGAGAUUAAAGAAGGAAAAUUAUUUCCACCAUUGUCAGCAUCUCCAUCUACAUUUUCAUCUUCUCCAUCAGUAUUAAAUCAACAGCCACCGCCAAGUAAGAAGUUGCAUACUUCUCCAAACACUAUAUUAUUUACAUCACCUUCGCUGGUAUCCGAUGGAGAUGAAGGUGUCGCAUUAACAUCAUGGCCACCAGUUAAAAUGCAUUGUUUAUUACCACCACCACCAGUAUCGCCAUAUCAUUCUAAUUCCCAUUCCUCAAGUUUAUGGAAAGUAUCGCAAAGGGAUAAAGCUAAUGUUCCAGAAAUUUUAUUAGCGCCUAGAUGUCUUCCCAUACAUUGUGCUCAUUGGACACCUCCCAGUCAUCUUAAUCACAGCCGGAAUGGGAAAGGAGAGAGUUCCAAAGAUGAAAGCGAAGAAGGUGAAAUUAGUGACAUGGAAGGUAGUCAAGUAUCAUUACCUAGAAGCUAUACACUUCCUCGGGAAUUUAAAUAUUAUCAUUCAACUAAUAUGCUUAGAGAUAAAGAACGAUGUGGUGGUCCUAGUAAAGUACAACCAUCUAGAUUUUAUUUACCUUCUACUUACAGUUCUGAUGGAGAUGUAGAUAGUGCAGAUAAUGAGGAGGAAACAGACUCUGAAUUACAAAUUGUUAUAAAGGAAGGUCACAAUUGUAGUUCUGAUAGAACACAGCAACGAAAAUAUGCACAAAAAGAUAAUGACGGAACAGACUUAUCUAGCAAUAAUUGUGAUGCUUCUAAUGAGAUUGCGAUAUCUAAUAAUUCUCAUCAUAAUAAUUUAUAUGGUAUUCUAAGACCAAAUCAACUUUUCAAAGCUAGGGUUAAACAUGAAACAAAAUUAUAAAAUGUGUCUCUUAAGCGAAUAAAUAAUUGAAGUAAUUUCGAUCAAAGAAAAGA